AUUCUCGAUGGGGCGCAGCGAGAUCAUGGCUUGAGCGAGCGACCGCGGCAGCGAGGCAGUGGGCGAGCGAGCGACCGAGGUGAGGCUGAGGUAGAGGCCCCGGGGCGAGAGUGAGGGACGAGGUGAGGGAGGGAGCGAGGGGAGGAGGAGGAGGAGGAGGAGCAGCAGCAGCAGCUUGUGGCGAAGUCGAGACUUGCUGCAGAUUGCAAAUUUUCGGUGGAUGGUCAGAGGGCGGGAUAGAGAGCGGGAAGGAGGGAGGAAGAGGAGGAGGAGGGGCGAGGAGUCGGAGUCGGAGUCGGAGUCAGAGUUGGGUCGCGAGGAGUGUAGUGCGGGUCUGGUUUGCUGGAUCUGGGGAGCAAUGGGCGUCAUGUGUUGCGCCGCUGUAGUCUGGGACCAAGAGGAGGAGACACGCGGGAUGGUGUUGUUUAGAUAGAUAGAUGUCGCUGGAGAGAGGGGAGGCGGAGGGGAUAUCGGGCGAGUGAGAUCAUCUGGCUCGGGGUGAGCAGGUUGUUGUCUGUGUCGGCGUGCGUCCUUCUUUGUGUAUCUUUGUUUGCUGCUGCUGGCCGCCGCGCUGCUGACACGAGAGCAGACUUUUACAAGAAACGGAUCACCGAGCUAGAAGGAAGGAGCGAGAGGCGGAGACCGCGCGAGCUGCAGGGCAGGAAGGUCGGAGGGCAGACGACGGGAGGGGGACGGACAGAUCGGGGCGUCUUUCUGGAUCCUCCGAGGAAGGCAUUGUAGGGCUGUUGUUGAUUGGACUCUGUUCGAUCUGCUAAUUCUUGUGCGCCACGGCCGGGUUGGAUCUGUGUGUGGGGCUGUGGAGGAACAGAGAUCCAUUUGCAGGUUGUGCGGGGUUGGCUUCUUAGCUUGUUGGAUACGCAUGUUUGCCUGCUUCUCGUUUAUGCGCCUGGCAUAUCGGGGAAGUCGAUCGCUCUCGGUCCUCUCAGGGGCUACUUAAUUUGGGAUUAACCUGCACGAGCGGGCGGGUGAUUGGGUGAGUAACGUCAAGAUGUAUAACCAGCGGGAGCCUUCGAAGUAUGGUAGCACCUAUCUACCUAGGCAAUCAUCCAAUUCGAGAAGAUUCAAGAAUGGACAGCGGCCGUUCAUGUCGAAGCCGUCAGAUUGUGUGAUUUUGAGCGUCCUUGUGAUCGCGGCUGGUGUAGCAAGUAUGUGGUUCAUCAGCCGACUUCCUUUCCUUGUGGAAGGCGCUUCCAGUUUCUACGACUGGGCAACAGACGUUACGGUGACUUGGGGCACUCCUUCCAUGUGGUGGCUUUUUGUGAACUUGAUUGUGGGUGCUAUUGUUCUCUCCUCUGGCUUCGUCUCUGCUUUUGGCUCCAACAGUGGAUCAGAACCCUAUCAGCAAGUGUACAUAGAGAAAGACGUGUCUGAUCCGGCAGCGCCAGUCGUACCCCUUGAUUCUUCUUCUGACUAUCCCGAGGAUGAUGCAGAUUCCUUCGAGGAAUCUGCUUAUCGUUCUUAUGUGCCACCGGCGAAGCCAAAGGCUGCUGUACCUUACACACCAGUCCAACCAGUGUACGAGGCAACCGUCUUUACGGAAGAAGUCGGUGCGGAACAGGCGAACUCCGCUGAGAACGUGGACAUUCAGACGAGAGAAAUUCCAGCACCUACGAAAGAAUCUGUUCCUCUUCCGGAAAUUCACCCUGUCCUGUUUUCACCUGAACCCGCAAGAUCGGUUGAAGUUCAAGCUGUUGAACCAGAAGUUGUUUCCAGUAUGAGCAUACCAUCCGCCGGAAUCGUGGAAGCCGAGCCAGAAGAAGUAUCCAUGGAGCCGGAAGUGGUCUUAAGCAGGAGCAUUCCUUCUGCUGUCGUGGCUCCUGCUGAGCAAGAAGAAGUGGUCGCUUUCCCGGACGAGGACAAAGUGCGGGUGGAUGAAGGAGUGAGCGUGGAAUCCAAUGAUGCAGUGGCGAAAGAGUUUGAGGAUGUCCCGGGUCCAGCUUUCUACGAUCCUUUCACCACAAUUGAUGAUCCACCAAUUUCCUAUGGAAACGGAAAGCUUCAGCGGAACUUCACGGAGACGUCAAUCAAGUAUGCUAGGGCAGACGAACCAUUGAUCUCGGCCCCUCCCCCGAAGGCAGAACUUGUCAAGGCUCACACGUUUACCUCGGGUCGUGCCAACCGACGAGAUCAGAUCGACAACUACGUGGAACCACUUGCGAGAAAGCUCGAGGAGAUGAAGAAGCGAGACGAGGAGAUGAAGAGGAGGGACGAAAUCAACAGGAAGUCUUUCCACUCCGAGGCAACCAGGAUUCAUAACAAAGACGUGCCGGUGGAGAUGACGGCCACCAGGCCAGCCAAGGUCCACAGCCGAAACUCGUCCGUGGAUGUGGCUUCCAGAGACAUUCCACACUCCUAUCCAACGGAAGUGUUCUACCCGCCUCCUGUCCAGUCACUCCCAGCCGAAAUCGCUCAUUACUUCUCAUCAGCGCAUCAGGCUCCUCCAGGAGAAGCGGAAUUGAGUAAAGUGACUCCGGCACCUGCACCGGCUGUGAUGCGUCCCGCACCGAAGAAGCCGAGUCCUGCAGACGUUCCAGAGCGGCCAGCUCCGAAGAAGACGGCAUCAGCGGCGGAGGUUCCUGAUCGGGUAGCUUCAAAUAAGGCAUCUGCAGCUGAAGUUCCAGAGCGGCCCCUUUCGAAGAAGACCGCAGCUCCCUCAGAAGUUCCAGAACGGAUGUCCACUGCGAGGAAAACGCCUUCGGUGGAGGUUUCUGAGCGGCCUCCUUCCAAGCCAACACCCCCGUUGGAGUCUCUGCAUCGACCCCCUACCUCCAAGAAGGCCACUGCCAAUGAGACCUCGGGAGAUGCUCAACCCCGGAUGCCGUACAAGAAGCCUGCAGCGCUCGAAGCUUUGGCAGACAAACUCAGUAGGACGAGAAGAGCUCCUGCUGAAGUCAUAGAAAAUCUCCAACGGCCUGCUUCGAAGAGAGUACCUGUGCCUGGCGGAGCAGAACGGGAUCCUCCCAAGCAAACUCAGACGGAAGGGACGCAGCGUCCACCGAGGCAGUCCAUUCCAGUUCAGAUCCCGGUUCCACCUCCUCCUGUGAUCAAGGUCUCCUCUCCACCUUCACCCCCGGAUGCGGCACCGAUCAGGAAGCAGGCUUCCUCGCAGCCACCUCCUGCAGAUGACUUUUCCCCUCCUACUUCGCCCCCUAUGCUUCGACCUAUGCCGCCUCCUCCUCCUCCACACUUCAAAAUACCUCCUCCCUUGGAGGUGAAGGAUCCUUCUGUAGUGUCGAGCGACGAAAUUCCUGCUUUCAAGUUUUACAAGCCGACCGAAGGAAGGAAUAUUUCACCUAAACAGGAGGCCUCGUCAAGUGCGGAUGCGUCACUAAGGUCUGCUAGAGUGGCCAUUCCGGCGGAGGAAGUAUAUCAUGUACCCGCACCGGAGACGUCUUCUGUCCGUUCUUUCCGAACAGACUCAGGACCUUCAACCAGCCAAAAUGUGGACCAUCCCGAGAGGUCGAACUCGAGGAGGACAAAGAUUAGGCCACCUCCGGAACCGAGCGUAGCCUCAGAUAGCACAGAGAGUGAAAUUACGGAGGAGCCCAAAGAACCCGAUGCUCUGCAUCAGAAAAUAGAGUCGUUCCUGGCCAGGAUGCACGAGGAUAUGAGACUCCAAAGGCAGGAAUCAAUGGCUCGUAACAGGAGGAUCAAUCAGGAGUUUGGUCAUGACGACUAAGUCCACGCCUCGGAGAGGAGAAAGGUCAUCUCACUCGUGUUACUACUGGUCGGCCGUCCACUCAUGGUCCCGAUGUCCAUGGGUCGAUAACAAAAAGGGGUGCCCAUACACUGGAGCUUGUUGAGUACCAUCUAACUUUGCCAAUCACUUAGGCAGGGAUAGAAUAACCGCGAAGUCGUCCUUCUUGGUAUACAGGAUUUACUGCCAACAGCAUCAUGAUCCACGCUGGAGAAAAACCCACGAAGUUAUUGGGAUUUGAGUUGGACAUAAGGAGCGUACUUGGGGAACGCCCCAGCAAACCUUCGACAAUGCGUAUUGGUACUGAUUCUGUCCAUGAUCACGUGUAGAUUAGCUACUUUCAUGUCUUGCACCCAUGAAGUGUGCAUGACUGCUUGCUGAAGCUUAAAGCUGUUGUGAAUAUGCUUCGUGUUGGCCAUAUCAAAUCAAGCCAAUAGUGGGAGGCCUUCCUCUUUGAGUCUUAGGAUCGGAUUGAUCUCUAGGGCUGAGCAAAGCCCCACCUUGAGUUACUCCUUUGUAAAUUUGGAGAGAUUGUGUGUCAAGUCCUCAAGCUCUGAGGCUAGUGUUGGGGUUCCCCUGUGUACAAUUGUUGUAGGCUUACCAGUAAGUAGAGACUGUCUGUGCCCUGAUUGAUAUUUCCAGGUCAUAAGUCAGGAAAAGCAAUUUUUUUCUGAACGCCGUGUUCCUCCAUGUACUCAUGCAUUGAGCUACCAUCCAGGCACAUUGAAACUAUUCAGAGGAGGAUCACCGCUAUUGAUUUGCAACAGUGUAUCACGCACUGAUUUUUUUAAACCUGCAAGGUACAUACACAGUACGUAUUUUGCAAUAAAAGUUGCACUGAGAAUUCUUACCAUACAU